AUGAGUAAGGAUGACGUCCUUAAGCAUAAUGGUGCCGAAUCUGCUGAUUUUUUGAGAGACGACAAAGACGAAGAUGAGGUCUAUCCAUCGAAGAAAGCCAGAUCCGAUAAGUCCAGUGAUCCCCAUCAUGUUGACUCCGAUAUAACCGCCUCUGCUUUAACUCCUCAACCUGCAACAAUUCAGGCUCUUUUGUCUUCAUUAGUUGGAACGACUCUUAAUGGUGAUUCCCUGAAGAACUCCAAUGUAAAUCCUUUCGCCUCCAAUCUUACCUGCAGGCUACCUUUGGCAGAUCAAAGUUCAUUAAUCCAUCGUCUUGCCCCAACUAGUCAGGGAUCAUUUCCUCUUACUGAUGUUAGCAAGCAGAACCUUCAGCCAACGACACCUAUAUCUGGCGAUCAAACUACUAAUGGUCUCUUGACUGCUAUUUGUGAAACACCAGGACAACCGCCAAAAAGUGUUUUUAUUAGUAAAUCUGUUGCUGCCGCUUUCGCAGCUGCGGCUGCUGGGAAAAGUUCCCCCAUCGGUAAUCCUAUUUUACAAUCAUCUCAGACGACGCAAUCGGCGUACGUAUUACCAGAAGAACCCACGUCAGCUUUAGAACAGAACGAUAUCCAACCCACCUCCUCAAUAAGUGAGCCUGUAACUACACUCAGCAGUGAUAGUAUAAAUUUUCUUCGCUGUAACGCUUUAUCACCUAGCGUUGGCACGCCAAUUUCAAUCAAUUUGCCUAUAAAUACUUCUGCUACUCUUCAGCCAACGCUAACAGUAAUUGGCAGUCUCCCGAAUUCCUUAGCAAAUAACGGCCCUGCCACCAUCCUUUCAAUCGGUAGCACAGGUAGUCGGAAUAUAACCACUCCAAAUAGUGCCUCAGCAAUUGCAGCUCUGUUGCGAGGCCUAAGUCGUCCCAAACCUUUAACACCUACUUCAGUGGCCGAUUCGUCCACAACGAGAACACCUACAACUAUCACUUCAGACGCUCCUGUUACGACUACAACCAUGGAGACGAAACCAGUUCCUGAUUCGCCUCAAUUACCGCUAGACAUCAACUCACUUGCUGCUGCUGUCGCUGCUGUAACUGGUGCUCUUCCACGAAAUCCAACAAUUUCACCCGGUCCAUUACCUGGAUCUAUACUUCUCUCCUGCCCAAAGGUCAUCCCGAACGGUGAUCAAAACGCCCCUAUUUUAAAUAUUGUGAACCAGCAAACAAAUGGUAGCCCUAUUCAGACAACGACCUCCGGCACCUUGGUGACAGAGCAAAACAAGCCCGAACAAUCAUCAAAGGAAUCUCCAGACUCCACUAUUGACCGGAUUCUCGAGAAUAUUCGUGGCCAAGUCCGUGCUUCUGAAGCUGAAAAAGCGGCCAGAGCCUCGCCUGUUGCCUCGAACAGUUGCUUGCGGAAAGUAAAGGUCAGUGACUCCAGGCCCUCGUCGUUGAUUUCGCAAAGCGGUGGAAUCCGCAUUCAGUUACCCAUCAAAAAGAGUAGUGGUAAGUUAACUCCUGUUGCACCAAGCCCAACAACACGAACAGGCCUUUCCGCAGCCGUUAAUGUAUCAUCUAGCGAUUCUGCAUCAAACAUCGGUCCAUCGAUUGAGUCCAUUCACAAGGUUUACAAAUGCAGGUAUUGUGGCAAAACAUUCAAUCGAAAAUUUUGCCGCGAGCGACAUGAACGUCUUCACACCGGAGUGAAACCCUACACUUGUGACAUUUGCGAUGAGAAGUUUAUUCGCCUAGAAGACAAGAAGCGCCACGUGCGUUCAAUUUUACAUACGUCACGUGUGGCAGCUGCACAAGCUUCUGGUAAACCGAUUCCUUCCGGACUUGAUCCCCAGGAUAUGUCGGAGGGAGAUGCCUCACCCACUUCCGAACACACAUUUUGCAUGGAUGAUCCAGCUACCGAGGCGCAAGGAGAAGCAGAAUCGUCUGAGGAUCCGAUUCCCAUUCCUACAUCUCCGUCACCGCCUACUCAGGCCACCUUCAAGCAUUUCCGCCGUUCCGAACUGAAGCAUUCAGUAACCCCUGUUCGACUGCUGUCUUCAGAGGGAGUGGAGUCAGCCUGA